UCUAAAUCGAACAAAACUAUUGUCAAAUGUUUUGAGUAAUAAUCUUUUUAAAAAAAAUUAUCAAAUUUCAUAAGAAUUUUAAUUGAGAUCAAUCGAAUAGAUCUCGAUCAUUGAUCACAUAUCAACUAGAUUGGAUCAUUCAUUUAUUCGAUCAAUUAAUAUGUUACGAUCUAGUGAUCAAUUGAAUUUCUUCUAUGGUAUUAUCUUUUUAUUGACUAUUCAACAAAUUUAUGCACCACCUAUUUUAUCAAAUCCCACGUAUCAAAGUUAUUCAGUUAAUUAUAUAUCACCUAACAAUCAAUGGCAAGAGGUUCCAGAACCAACAACUAAUAUAUUUGACGCUGUAAGAAACCAAUCACCAACUUAUCAAAAUAAAGUUUCAAAUUUAUUUGGCUUAAAUCCGGCUGUUGGUAGCGAAGGAUAUAGAAUCCUUCGUUCUGAUGAUGAAUCUUCGGCAUACGUCAUACCAACGACAGCAACAACAACACCACAAAAGACAUUUCCCAUAGACAAUGAUCUAGAAGAUGGUGAAUUAGAGACAUGGAUUCACCAAAUGAAUGGAAUAGACAAUAGACGAAAUGAAUAUGUUUCACCUAGUCAAACGAUAUGGAACACUCAGCCGUAUGGAGGUUGGAAUGUGCCACGUCACUCGAAUACCUUAAGUUUUCAUCACACUUCACCACCACAAAGACAACUUCUGACUCCGGCCUACACUGCAUCUGUUCCAUAUCAGAAUAGAAGGAAUUCACUUUCAACUAGUUACUCAAGUGCUUUCACAACACAACAAACCAACUUUCCUACACAAAGACCUAGCCUCGGGCCACCGGUAGAUAUUAUUCGAAAGAAUAGGUACACUGGAUUCCAACCUAAUCAGCAACCACCAAUUUAUACUUCAAACGUGUUUCUCAGACAACCUUUUAACUCUUUUAGAAGACCAAUGUUCUCAGGUUACUUGGUUCCAAACUAUCAAGCAUUAAAUAAAGCAACUUUUCGAGGAUACAGACCAAAUACACCAUCAAGUGGCAAUUUAAAUUACCCAACACUAGGAACUACAAGUCAAUAUAACAGUACAAGAAGGUCACCUUUUAGCUAGUAAGUGUACAUGGAUCCUACUGAUUAAAACACUGAGAUACAUUUUUAAUUAAUAUAUUCAAGUAAUGUUCAUUUCUCAAUAAAAUAUCAU